UGAAUUGAAGCAGAAGUUGGAUGAAGAGGGUAGCAAGUGCAGCAUCCUUUCCAAGCAGCACAAGUUCAACGACCACUGCUGUAUUCGCUGCUGUUCCCCUUUCACGUUUCUUAUCAACAGCAAGCGACAGUGCCAAGACUGCAAGUACAACAUCUGCAAGAGCUGCAGUUCUUACCAGAAGAAGGAGAAGGCUUGGAUUUGCAGCGUCUGCCAGCAAGCAAGGUAG